CAUUCCAUUUUUCCGCCUUAAAUGGCAGCAGCCACAGCUCUCCAUCUAUACCGUACGUCGCUGCCCACCCAUAAUCUAUUCAUUACCAAAUCACGACCGCCCAUUCGGCCAAGUAUCACCUGCUACGCUCCGUACUCCAUAAACAAGUGUAAGAGGGACUAUGUAAGCGUAAUGAUAGUGCCAACGGGAGUGGGCGCCAGCAUUGGAGGGUUUGCUGGCGAUGCUCUGCCUGUUGCUCGCGCCUUAUCCUCCGUCGUUGAUUGUCUCAUUUCACAUCCUAACGUUCUUAAUGCGGCAAUGUUAUACUGGCCCAUGCCUAAUGUAAUGUACGUUGAAGGUUAUGCGCUGGACAGAUUCGCACAAGGCUUAUGGGCUCUGCAACCUGUUCAUCAAAACAAGGUGGGAUUGGUUCUUGAUGCUGGCAUAGAAGAGUACCUUCGAAUCCGCCAUUUGCAAGUGGCUGACGCCUCAAGGGCUUCCCUUGGAUUGCCAGUUGUUGAAUAUGUUGUCACUGACACCCCAUUACAGGUGGAAAAGUGGGUCAAUCCAACAACUGGGCAAUCAACAGGUAGGAUUAAACACCCUAAUUCUUUACUGCAGGCUGUUAAGAACUUAGUCAAACGAUCGCAAGUGGAUGCUGUUGCGGUUGUUGGGCGUUUCCCAGAUGAUGAAGUUGAUGAUCUUGAUGACUAUAGACAAGGAAUUGGAAUAGAUAUAUUGGCUGGAGUGGAGGCAGUAAUAAGUCAUCUUGUGGUGAAGGAAUUUCAGAUACCUUGUGCACAUGCGCCUGCACUAUCUCCCCUUCCCUUGACCUCAUCGCUUAGCCCAAAAUCAGCUGCUGAGGAGAUAGGAUACUCAUUUUUGCCAUGUGUGCUUGCGGGGCUAAGUAACGCACCACAGUACUUGGUUAAAAACCCUGAAUUCUUGGAGAAGGGUUGUAUCUUGGCAAGUGAUGUUGACAGCGUUAUUCUUCCAAUAGAUGCUUGUGCAGGAGAUGCUGCUCUUGCUUUUGCAAGAAACAAGAAAAAUAAGCCUCUAAUAAUCUGUGUGGAGGAAAAUGAAACAGUUCUGAAUGACACUGCAGAUAAACUUGGGAUCAAAGUGGUCCAGGUCUCAAACUAUUGGGAAGCUAUAGGUGUUAUUGCAGCUCAUAAGGCAGGAAUAGACCCAAAUUCUCUCCGUAGAAACAGAAUUGAUAACAUUAACUGCUCUUCCAUUGUCCCGGCUAAUGGCUUUGCAGUUUCAAGAGCUACAUCCAUCACUUAAUCAUAAAAAUAUGGACAGUGUUCGUUGAAAACUGAAGGUGAUUCAAUAUUCAUGCUAUCAAGUCAUGUGAGUUGGUAAGAAGCACCGUGAUUGGCUUUUGCAGCUCCAAAGUUGAAUCUGAAGCUAUCACUUUGGAAGCAUCAUUGCAAUUUGACAGGAAGUACCAAUAUUCAACCACUGGUGAGAGGUUGUUGAGAAAUGUUGUUCUGUUUAUGAUGGAACAUAAAACUGUAAGUCAAUGCAACGACUGCCUUAUACUGGUUAGUAAAAUAGUUUAACUUGAUGAAGAUGCAGUAUACUUUUUUUUCUUUUAUCA